UCUGCGGCGGGGGCGUGGCUUGGCGCUGGCUGAGCGAGGCCGCGUUGGCGCGUGCGCAGAAGCGACGGCAUCGGCCGUCACUGGGCGGCAUGGCGGUGUGCGCUCGCCUCUGCGGCGUGGGCCCGUCGCGCGGAUGCCGGCGUCGCCAGCAACGCCGGGGCCCGGCCGAGACGGCGGCGGCCGACAGCGAGCCGGACACCGAUCCCGAGGAAGAGCGCAUCGAGGCGGGCGCGGCGGUGUUGGCCGGGGUGGGGGGCGGCUUGUGCACUGGCCCCUCGCCGCCGCCCCCGCGCUGCUCGCUGCUGGAGCUGCCGCCCGAGCUGCUGGUGGAGAUCUUCGCGUCGCUGCCCGGCACAGACCUGCCCAGCCUGGCCCAGGUCUGCACCAAGUUCCGGCGCAUCCUUCACACCGACACCAUCUGGAGGAGGCGCUGCCGCGAAGAGUACGGUGUUUGUGAAAACUUGCGGAAGCUGGAGAUCACAGGCGUAUCUUGUCGGGACGUCUACGCGAAGUGUAUAAACCCUCGCGUGAAGUCGGGACGUUUUAUGAAAAUUCUCCCUGAUUAUGAGCACAUGGCGUACAGAGACGUUUACACCUGCCUGCUUCACCGAUACAGACACAUUUUGGGAUUGUGGCAGCCAGAUAUCGGGCCAUAUGGAGGACUGCUGAACGUGGUGGUGGACGGCUUGUUCAUCAUUGGGUGGAUGUACCUGCCUCCCCACGACCCCCAUGUCAAUGACCCCAUGAGAUUCAAGCCUCUGUUCAGGAUUCACCUGAUGGAGAGGAAGGCCGCCACAGUGGAGUGCAUGUACGGCCACAAAGGGCCCCACCACGGCCACAUCCAGAUUGUGAAGAAGGAUGAGUUCUCCACCAAGUGCAACCAGACGGACCACCACAGGAUGUCUGGCGGGAGGCAGGAGGAGUUUCGGACAUGGCUGAGGGAGGAAUGGGGGCGCACGCUGGAGGACAUCUUCCAUGAGCACAUGCAGGAGCUCAUCCUGAUGAAGUUCAUCUACACCAGUCAGUACGACAACUGCCUGACCUACCGCCGCAUCUACCUGCCGCCAAGCCGCCCUGAUGACCUCAUCAAACCAGGCCUCUUCAAAGGCACCUAUGGCAGCCACGGCCUGGAGAUUGUGAUGCUCAGCUUCCACGGCCGGCGUGCCAGGGGCACCAAGAUCACGGGCGACCCCAACAUCCCCGCCGGGCAGCAGACGGUAGAGAUUGACCUGAGACACCAGAUCCAACUGCCUGACCUCGAGAACCAGCGCAACUUCAACGAGCUGUCCCGCAUCGUCCUGGAGGUGCGAGAGCGGGUACGCCAGGAGCAGCAGGAAGGCGGGUACGAGGCAGGCGAGGGGCAUGGCCGACAGGGCCUCCGGGAGUCCCAGCCAAGUCCUGCUCAGCCCAGGGCAGAGGCACCCAGCAGGGGCCCAGACGGGACACCUGCUGAGGACGGCGGUGAACCUGGGGAUGCCGCAGCUGCGGCCGAACAGCCUUCCCAGAGUGGGCAAGGGCAGCCAUUUGUGCUGCCUGUGGGCGUGAGCUCCAGGAAUGAAGACUACCCCCGAACCUGCAGGAUGUGUUUUUACGGCACAGGCCUCAUCGCGGGCCAUGGCUUCACCAGCCCUGAACGCACUCCUGGGGUCUUCAUCCUCUUCGACGAGGACCGCUUCGGGUUCGUCUGGCUGGAGCUGAAAUCCUUCAGCCUGUACAGCAGGGUCCAGGCCACCUUCCGGAAUGCAGAUGCGCCAUCCCCACAGGCCUUUGACGAAAUGCUCAAGAACAUUCAGUCCCUCACCUCCUGACCAGCCACAUCCUGGGUAGCUUUGGGGCUCUGGACUCUGACCUGUGAAUAGAAGCAGCAUGCACUUUGGAAAUACAGCCUUUUGACCAGAACGCACACCUCGUUGGGGGUCCCCGCCCAGCCACACCCCAGCACUUUAUGUAGAGAGAGUGACAGACCUGUAUAUUUGUCAGUGCCGUGAUGGAGGAAGCUGAGCAUGUCUUACCAAAAAAGAGAAUGAGCUGGAAUACAGUGGAUCUAGGGGGCCAGCUGCGGGACUGUGUGAGAAUUGAAGAGGUGGAGUUGCCACACCCUGGGCUGGCUGGCGGUUUUCUCGGGAAACAGGACUCUCCUCUGGCCAACUUUUCCCGUGAGCGGAUAGAAUGAUAGAAUGGGUCGUGUAUGAGACACAUGUGCUCUACCCCCACUCCUGCUGGGGGGAGCCAGGCAGAAGUGGCCUCCGGGGAGGGGAUCAGGAAGAGAACACUCAGGCAGUGCAGGUGUGAUGGGCACAGCAUGUGGAGGGCAAGCUUGGGAAGCUGGUGGGAUCUCAGGGUUGGGGGUGGACUCUGGAUUGAAUCUCAUCUCUCUCCCGGCUCAGUCGAGUUUGGACAGAAGCAUUUCACCUGAUUUCAGUUUCCUCACCUGUGGAGUGGUGUAGUGACCUGAGUCACUGGAGAAUGUCAAUGUGAGCGCACAGCCCGGCCAACACACCUGCCCCGGCCCCUCUUCUCCAGUUUUGGAGCCGAGGCCAUCGUUCCAGCCACUUGACCAUCCUCGUCAGCCUGUUCCAGACAGGGCGUUUUGUCCUUGCUUUCCUCCAUGCACGCACGCGUUGUCGAAACCAAGCUGCCAGCCAUUUUCUCCAGAACACAAGGCUCCAGGCUCACAUUUCUGAAGCAGUCCUUGCAUUUCUCUCCUGUGAGUGGUUCCCUCAGGUGCCAGGAGUGCUCAUACGAGAUGAUGAGGAAAGCCCUUUGCAGUUGAGGGGGCAGUUUUCUUGAAAAGCCACACCUAUGUCUGGGGACACAUUUUAUAAAGCAGGACCCCCUGAGUACCCUUCAGCUUGGAGACCCCAUGCACUGAUGCCUCCACUGCUGUGUUAACACCUCCGUGUGGGGACCCCAUCGAAAAUCUUGGCUGAGGUUGGCAUCUCUUGAAGAACAGGGAGCACGGUGCCCUAGGCCGGCUGUUGCCCUAGCCCGCAGCCAGCUCCGUGCCCGAGUCCCUUUCUGCCACUAGUCCUUGUGCUGGGUGCCCUGGACAUGUCCUACUGGUGAGGGACCUUGGGAAGGUAACAGUCUGUGUGCCUUUGUCUAGAGACCAACCUGAGAAUAUCCUGGGAAACAUUUUCCUGAUGAACUUCUGACUGGCCUUUAAAAAAAACAAAAAUCCCACUGCCCAGCCUCAGUGCAUUUGGCAAAUUCUUACUUUGCUUCCCAGAAUCAGAAAAUUGGCAAGGUCCUUAAAUGGUAAUCUGGCCCGCCUGGGAAAAAGACUCGGGAGAAAAGCCAGCGGAGAAGGAGAAGGUGGCAGUAGGGCUGCCCACCCAGGAGCCAUGCAGAUCCCGAGGCGCACCUGCCGCCUCCGUGUGGCCAGUUUCUAGCAGCUUUUGCAGCAUUAGCCUACACGCUUUGUCACUCCUUGCCCUCUGUGGUGGUCACUAUUUUUCUCUCAUGCCAAAUGAUGCAGUCCCUGAGGGAUGGUGACUCGUGGCCCUGAAGCCUCGGGGAACCUCGGACAUGUAGACUGGCACCCUUCAGGGUUCACCAUUGUUUCAAUAAAAUCAAGAAAAUGCAUUUUUACCAAGAGCCUGAGGCUUGCUCUAAGGGACCCAGUCCAUCAGAGGCAUGCCCUUUGGGGCUUAAAGAGCACACUGGUGGGAGACGAGCACUUCUGAUUAAAGGAAUCUCAAAUCUCAA